UCUCAGAUUCCCUUGCCCCAUUUUUGAAAAAAAUCUUGCUCUUGCUCCGCUCUCUCUCUCUCACUCUCCGUGGCAAUCGUUUUUCUAGUCAUCGAAGCAGGCAGGGGAAGGUCGGAAGAAAAGUCACCGAGAAAAUGAGAGAAAUUCUUCACAUUCAGGGUGGGCAAUGCGGGAACCAGAUCGGAUCCAAGUUCUGGGAGGUCAUCUGCGAAGAGCACGGCAUCGAUCCGACGGGACGUUACGCUGGCGCGUCCGAUCUGCAGCUCGAGCGCGUCAAUGUCUACUACAACGAGGCGAGUUGCGGGAGGUUCGUUCCCCGCGCCGUGCUCAUGGAUCUCGAGCCCGGCACAAUGGACAGCGUUCGCACCGGGCCCUACGGCCAGAUCUUCCGGCCGGACAACUUCGUUUUUGGACAGUCCGGUGCCGGGAACAACUGGGCUAAGGGGCACUACACCGAGGGCGCGGAGCUCAUCGACUCUGUUCUUGACGUCGUGCGUAAAGAGGCCGAGAACUGCGAUUGCCUUCAAGGGUUUCAAGUUUGCCAUUCACUCGGUGGUGGAACUGGAUCGGGAAUGGGAACCCUUUUGAUAUCGAAGAUCAGAGAGGAGUACCCGGAUCGCAUGAUGCUCACCUUCUCCGUCUUUCCUUCCCCAAAGGUUUCUGACACUGUGGUUGAACCGUAUAAUGCAACCCUUUCGGUCCACCAGUUGGUUGAAAAUGCCGAUGAAUGCAUGGUUUUGGACAAUGAAGCUCUCUACGAUAUUUGCUUCAGGACCUUAAAGCUUACGACCCCCAGCUUUGGUGAUCUAAACCAUUUAAUCUCUGCCACAAUGAGUGGUGUGACAUGCUGCCUGCGGUUCCCUGGUCAGCUGAACUCUGAUCUGCGUAAACUUGCUGUUAAUCUUAUCCCCUUCCCGCGCCUGCACUUCUUCAUGGUUGGAUUUGCUCCCCUUACCUCAAGGGGUUCACAGCAGUACAGGGCACUCACUGUCCCUGAGCUCACCCAGCAGAUGUGGGAUGCCAAAAACAUGAUGUGUGCUGCUGAUCCUCGUCAUGGCCGCUACCUCACUGCCUCCGCCAUGUUCAGGGGCAAAAUGAGCACAAAAGAGGUGGACGAACAAAUGAUCAAUGUGCAGAACAAGAAUUCCUCAUACUUUGUGGAAUGGAUCCCAAACAAUGUGAAGUCUAGCGUGUGUGAUAUACCACCAAAGGGUUUGUCCAUGGCAUCUACAUUUAUUGGCAACUCGACUUCAAUUCAGGAGAUGUUCAGAAGGGUGAGUGAGCAGUUCACUGCCAUGUUCAGGAGGAAGGCUUUCCUUCACUGGUACACCGGUGAGGGCAUGGACGAGAUGGAGUUCACUGAAGCAGAGAGCAAUAUGAAUGAUCUGGUGUCCGAAUACCAGCAGUAUCAAGAUGCUACUGCAGAUGAGGAGUAUGAAGAUGAUGAAGAAGAGAUCGUGGAGGGUAACGAAAUGUAAGGGAAAGUGAGUGAGAAGUGAGAGCACGGAGGUGGCAUGCCGGAGUCACCUAUUAGUCCGUCUUAUUCUUACAGUAUGGAGUGAUGCUGAUUCUCCUUCUAUCUCUGUGGAGUUAGUGGGGAAGUGCUUUCCCUCUGUAGGUAUGGUGCGUUUGGUUUUUCGUUUUUUUGGUUUGAAUUCCGGGAUUUCAGGCCUGAAACUUGUCUUUUAUGCCUAGUAUCUUGACCAGACCCCCUUCGGAUAAAAAUUGAGCAUUUUCGAUGCUUUUCCAUCGAUAUAGGUUAUGCAAUGGUGGUAUUAUUUUUGUA